AUGAGGAGCACAGUGCUGGCCCUGGCCUUGCUCUCCCUCCUGAUUGCAGCACGAGAAGUCCGAGGCGAGGGAAACACGGUGAAGCUCUGCGGGAGAGACUUCGUCAGAGCCAUCGUCUUCACCUGUGGUGGCUCUCGCUGGAAAAGGCAUUUGACUGAUUAUCGCUACCUGUUUGAGAGUGAAAAUCCCCUGCCUUUCUCACAAGAGAGCAACGGUGACGCCGACUCCUUGAUGGACACAGACCAGAGCGACAGCAACGAAAUCCGUAACGUCAAGCCUGAGACAGAGAGAGACUUGCCACGCACCAGGAAAAUGUCUACAUUAAAAAAGCGCGAAGUAGCCAAGUUGCUUACCACAUCCUGCUGCAGCAUCGGCUGCAGCGAGAGAGAGAUCAGUUCGUUGUGCUAA